GUGAUACUUUCUCAGUGCUUAUUCUCAAAUGUUUAUUUAUGGACGAAUGACUUUAUCGUAAAUUAAUCAGAGUCAUGCAGUAAACAUACUUGAGAAUAAAUCACAAGAAUCUCAAAAUUUAUCUCCAAUAUUUACGCGACCUUCUGACUGCACCUGUGCACGUCCUUCACCCCACUGUCUUAGUUAUGAGCCAUUGCAUAAAGCAGGGGGGCCAUUAUUAUAAAACCAGCACAAGUACUUGUGGAUCAUCAGAAAGCUUGCAGAUAUUUCCUCAACGGUUUCACUCAUCAGUUCAGAUUGAUUCAGAUUCAUCGUGCAGAGAAUCAUCAAGUAAGGGUGUAAUCAUGAUGUUCAAAAGUAUUCUGUUGCUCUCCAUAAUCGGAUUCUGCUCGGCCCAAACCGCCAGACCCAGGUCCGGAGGAAUCUGCAGCAGUCCAGCCGAUUGUCCCAGUGGUGAAUGCUGUGUCAUACCAUCUCAGAGGUACACGUACCCAACGUGUCAGCGCGUGCGACAAGUAGGAGAGGUCUGCAGACCAAGACCUGAGGUAGAGAGUUCCACCCUGAGAUAUCCGGAUGGAUCAACCUUCAAAUACACCGAUGCUCACAGAUUUGUAUGCCCCUGCGCUGCAGGCCUCGAGUGCAGCGGGGUUGAUGCCAGUGGAUUGUCAACGUGCAGUGCACCGCGAUCAAACUAAAUUUAUUAAUAAUGGAACAAUCGCGUAAAAAAUCCGUACGUUUUAAUUGAAUGUUUAAGCAGUAGCUUUUCAUAAUUCCAAUUAUUCCUCUCGCGGGGUAAUUUGGCGGUCAUGAGGAGCAAUACCUAAUAAUUUAAUGUUUUCUGUUUAAUUUAUGUAAUUAUUGAUGAAAUAAUUCGCUAACGAAGGGAAUCAUAGUGUGGAAAUAACGAUUUGGAGAAAUAUCGAGGUCUUCGUGCAUUAUUUUCGGCGGAUGAUCUCAGGAAAAAUUAAGAAGUGUCAUAAUGACCAGGGCUAGUCUCAGAGAUAACUUCUGGACCUUGAAAUUCUGAUUUAAAUGUGAAUUUGGAACUUCUGCAGUCAUCACGUAAUUAUCACAGUGUAAACAAUUAAAUGAGAACAAUGAGAGAUAAUAUUACGAUACAUGCAGAGUCACAUGUGUGACCCUGACAUUUUUUGCGGAUUAUCAGUAUUGAAAUAAAAAUUGCAAAAUGAAUUUGUUAACUUCAGAUCGAUUUGUUCAUGAUAAACAUUGGAAAUUAGGAAAGUCCAGUUAACUCCACUUAAUUAACUGAAUGUGAACGUCAUUUAUCGGCGAUUGUUUCAAUUUUGUGAAGAAAUAUAUUUUCAAUACGUCGAUAAAUCAA